UGGCUCCACGCUGUGUGUGAGAACCUUUUUACAGAAGAUGAGGUAGAACAGGCAGCAGAUGAAGGUUUUGACUGUGCAUCUUGUCAACCAUUCAUUGUGAAACCACUUCCUCCUAUAAUCCUUCCACCCAGCCCAGUAAAGUUUAAGGAGCCAGAGCCUCAAUAUUUCCGAUUUGAAGGCGUUUGGUUGACAGAGGCUGGAAUGGCUUUGCUGCGCAGCCUCACCUUAUCUCCCAUCCAAAAAAAGAAACCUAGGCGCUCUCGGCUAAGUACCGGUGGUGAGAUUUUCUUGGAUGGUCCAGAGCAUGGGGCAUCUGAGGAAAGAAAAGAUGAUGCAGAGUGUGAAGAGCAGAAGGUAGAAGGGUGCAAUAACGAAUCCAUGGACUGUGACAUCAAGAUAGAACCUCCUGGC